AUGGCAAACCUCGGUUCUGCACUACAUUUCACAUCGUAUUUCGGCAAUCUUCAUCUUGUUAAGUACCUUAUUAAGAACGGUGCUGAUGUUAAUUACUUUGACAAAUAUGGGAGAUCUCCCUUGCAUUAUGCAAUAGUUGGGGGUAAUCUUGAGAUAGUAAAGUGUCUUAUAAAGAGCAAUGCAAAUGUCAAUUUUUGUGACAUAGACGUGAAGUCUCCACUAAAUUAUGCAUCAUAUCAAGGACAUCUAGAAAUCGUUAAUUGUCUGCUGAAAUGUGGUGCAGAUGUGAAUUGUGGUGCAAGUUGUGUUUCUGCCGCAUGUUCAAGUGGUCAGUAUGAUGUUAUAGAAUUGUUGAUUGAUAAAAUUGACAUUAAUAGAGUUGAUGACUUUUGCGAUCCCCCUCUUCAUUCUGCUGCCAGUUCAGGUCAUGUUGACAUUGUAAAAAAGCUUAUAGAACACGGAGCUGAUGUUAAUCUGCUUUGCUCUUGUGGCAAUCCACUUUACUGUGCCACACAAAAUGGUCAUUUACACAUCAUUGAAUACCUUAUGGAACAUGGCGCUAAUGUAAAUCAGGGUUAUUGUGGUGAUAAAAAUACGUCUCUUUUAUGCUGUGCUUCUAGCAAAGCACGUGAAGGUCACGUGGGGAUAGUAAAGUAUCUUAUAAACCGUGCUGUUAAUGUAAAUGUCUGUGAUUUGCGCAGAAGGUCUCCACUAUACUAUGCGUCAGCUCGCGGUUAUCUUCAUAUUAUAAAAUGUCUUAUUCAAAAUCUUGCUGACCUACAAGUUGGUGCAAAUUCUCUCUCUGUCGCUUGUAGUAAUGGUCAUCAUGACGCUGUUGAGUAUCUUAUCGAUAAAGCUGACGUAAAUAGAGUAGAAGGCAUCAGUGAUCCACCUAUGCAUUCCGCUGCCAGUUCAGGACAUCUUAAUAUCGUAGAAUUUCUUGUUAAACAUGGAGCGGAUGUUAAUCUGCUCACCUCUGUUGGAAAUCCACUUUACUGUGCCACAAAAAAUAGUCAUUUACAUGUUAUUGAAUAUCUUGUGAAACAUGGCGCUAAUAUAAAUCAGGGUUAUUGUGGUGAUACAAAUACGUCUCCCCUAUGUUGUGCAUCCAGCAAAGGUUAUUUAAAAAUUGUGAAAGAACUGGUAAGACUCGGAGCUGAUGUCAAUCUUAAUGACAAAGACGGAAGAUCCCCACUAUUUUAUGCAGUAUGUGGAGGUCAUUUAGAGAUUGUGAAAUAUCUUAUAAGCAGCAUACAGGUCUACAGUGAUCCCCCUCUUCAUUCUGCUGCCAGUUCAGAACAAUGUGCUGAUGUAAAUCACGGUCUUUGUGAUGAUAUUAAUACGUCUCCUUUAUGCUGUGCCUCAAGCAAAGGUUAUCUGGAGAUUGUAAAGGCAUUAGUGAAACGUUGUGCAGAUGUAAAUAUCUGUAACCUUAAUGGAGAUUCUCCACUAUGUUACGCUUCAAGGUAUGGUCAUCUGGAAAUUGUAAAAUUUUUGCUACAAAAUAAUGCCGAUUUCAAUAUCGGUGUUAGUUGUUUAUCUGCUGCUUGUGAUAGCAGACAUUUAGAUGUUGUAGAAUAUCUUGGUAAAAUGAUGGAUGUUAACAAGGUGUAUGACAUUCGUGAUCGUGCGCUUCAUCACGCUGCUGGUCAAGGUCACAUUGACAUUUAUAUUGUUAAAUAUGUCGUAGAGGCUGGUGUAAAUGUAAAUUUACUAAGUUUCUAUGGUUACAGUCCACUAUGUUGUGCUGUGGAGAAUGGACACCUCACGAAUGUUGAAUAUCUUGUAGAACAUGGUGCUCACAUAGAAAAAGCUGUUCAAAUUGCAAUUGAAGGUGAUCAGAAUCUUAUCAGAGAUUUUCUGCUUAAACUUUUAAAUUAA